AAAAAGAUUUUUUAUAUUGAAAAAUUUAGAUCUGGGUCGUUUCCCCAUUGGCUGUCAGAGCGAAGUCAGGUGGAUGUUCGGACAUUUGGACGGCGACAGCGACGGCCGACUCUCGCUCUCCGAACUGUACGGUCUGGAACACGAUCAAAAUGAACCGUGCUUGAAACCGUUCCUGGAUGGCUGCGACACUGACAGCGACAUCUUCGUCAGCGGAUCCGAGUGGUGCGAGUGCUUCUCUAAGGCCGAACGUCCGUGCGACGCUGUGCGCAGACGAUCAUCGCCGGAUUCCGCACCCGCGUGUGAUUCGCGAGGAUAUUACCGCAGCACUCAGUGCCAUCGCGGUCUUGGUCUCUGUUGGUGCGUCGAUCCGCACGGCGUCGAGUUCGCCGGUACCAGAACGCGCGGCGCAAAACCCGAUUGCGAAUCUUCUGAUGGCUUCCGUACAGAUACGAUUGUGAACAAGAUCAGCAACGGCGGGCUCAAGACCAACAGCGUGGACCUCGACGACGACGAAGACGGCGGCACCGAUUCCUCUCAGGACCUCGAAGGCUCGGCCGAUCAACCGUUAGAUUUCUAGACACGUUGAAUGGGAGCGGCAGCCAGCGAGAGCAAAGCGGCGGCGCGGCAUCUUAAUCGAGUGCGCGAUGAUGUAGGAAGAAAAAGCGGGGGAAGGUGCGCGCGUGUUCCGGUCGUCUUCGGAAUUUAAUCCGUCGUGAUCAGAAAAAUGUUCUUUGUUGUCGUCGGGCCGCCUGUCAAUCCGCCUGUUUAAAGAUCGCGAUCCCACGCCGCGAUGUAUACAAAAAAAAAGAAAAAAGAAAAAAAAACGAAACGUGAGCCUAAGAAAACAAAAAUGAGUUCCGAGAGCAACGAAACAAUGAUCAUUGAUUUUUUUGAGAAAGUCUGGGACUUGGGGAGGAAAGAGGGGAAAGGGCAAGUCGCACGACCGGAUCGUUUGUUUGAGAGAGUCAUCACGAACGACCUUUACUAUAAUCGUGUCCUAAUUAGGAAGUUUUAAUCGACGUGUUAAAAAAUGUAGCAAGUGUGUCUUGCCUGCCGUGCAAUAAUCGCGUAAGUCGUCCGGCAAACGGCCGUUUUGCCAGUCUAGAGAUCCCGUGCAAUUCGUAAUUCCCAUGCAAUAUUCAAUAGUGAUGAGUCCGUGUAGGGAAUACGCAAUUAUGAAACCGAAAGUGUGUGAGAAGGUUACCGGCGACGGAAAUGUGUGUGUGCGUGUGUGUGUGAGAGAGAAAGAGAGGAAAAUUUCCGCUGCGAGCCGCGCUGAAUACCAACCCGUUGGACUACCCCGUGCCUGUCGAGGUACCUCCACGCACAACUAAAUCUAUAAAUAAUAUAAUUACGAAUCACUUACGUACGAAACUAGAGAAAGCUCGUAAAAAUUCGGAGGAAUACGUGAAACAGAACGAAAUAUUUCGGCCAGAAAAUUCACGCGUAUUAUAACAUGAAAAACAAAUUACACUCAAAGCAAAGAGAAAAAAAAAACGAAAGGAAAGAAACACAAACGAAUGUUACACGUAUAAUUUCUAACAGAUAGAUUAACGAGAUGUGUAACGCGUUAAACUAUAUAUAUAUAUAUUAUAUUAUUAAGUACGAUUUGAACGAUUUGUGCUGCAAGUAAAACCCAAACGGAAUCCAAGCUGGUUGAGAGAGAGAAAAAAAACGCGAAAACGGAGAGGAGGAAAAAAAAAAAUAAAAUAAUACACGACAAAAGUCAAGUUCCGCUAUUGUCACGCGCUUGCUGAAAAACUUAGUUGUUCCACUUGAAACGAAUAGGUUUUUGCGCUAGUUCUUGCCGCUUCACUUUCGGCUGUGUUACACGACGUAGGAAAACAAAAUCCAUAGCCGUCUUAUAUAUAUAUAUAUAUAUAUAUAUAUAUAGAUAUCACUUAUUUAUUACGUUGUAAUUGCGGGCAAGCAUUCCUUAAGUUAUUCUUCUUUCUCUCGUAGCCAUCUUGCGUUUUUUUUUGUUUUUUGUUUUUUGAAGAUACAAGUAUAUAAGAAACAUACCGAAUAAAACAAGAACGACCUAUUUCGCAAUCGCUAACGACCUACCUUGUACACCGCAGUUUAAUCACGACCAUAGAACGCGUUAAGCCGACCGUAAGAAGUGUGAGAAAUUGCUUAUAUAGAGAUAUAUAUAAAACCAGUACGUUAUUAUCAUCUUACUGCAUCGUGCAAUCCGCAGAGAAACACACGCGUAUAUAUAUAUGUAUAUACAUAUAUACGUAUAUUUUGCGAUUUUUCACAACCUCGAAGAGCACAACAUCCAUCACGCGAGAGAGAGAGGUUGUUUUCUACGAAGCUAAACAAAAAAAAAAAAAAGAAACAAAAACCCACGUUCGACGUCGUGAUUCGUCUGCAUUUACUGUAAUUAUAAGCAUUUUUACUUACAACUUUUACUUAAAGAGUGUGUGGUAUACACCGGUAGACAUUAGAGAGUAACAUGUAAUCAGUAUAUAUAUAUACAUAGAAAAAGAAAAAAAAAUAAGAUCAGUGUGACUAUGUGAAUAUGCCCCCUAGCUAUUAGAAGGCAAUUUACGUAGAGAUAGCCGAUGCAAAUUACACGUGUCUCAUUCAGAAUGAAAGUGACAACUCAUUGUGCAAGCAGCCUAAUAGCGCGCGUUUUUUCACUUCGCAAUGCGUUUCGUUUUCUCUCAGGUGAUUUUUCGAGGAAAUGCCGAUAUGAUAAAUACUCGUUGUGCUGAGAUCAGAGAGCAUGUGACCAAAUUACUUGAGUAACACGCGUAUUUUUUUCUUCUUUUUGCCCAUUCGGAAUGUCUUUUUUUUCUUUUUUCGACAACACGCGACACAAUUCUCGUCACUUUACAUCCGCCUGGUC